AACUAAUGGCGCAGCGCAUCGAAGUUGUGAGCUGGGGGGCCAAUAGUCAUGGUCAACUUGGACAAAGUCAUACAGAAGAUGUCAGAAGCCCACAAAAAAUCACUAAUUUAUCUAUUGUGAUGUCAGCUGUAACAAGUGUUACUGGAGGUGGAGGACAUACCUUAUUAUUAUUAGACGAUGGCCAGGCAUUUAGUUGUGGUAACAAUGAGAAGGGACAACUUGGAUUAGGUAGUGAAGAACAGCACAUAACAACUUUUCACCCAAUCUCAGAACUUCACGGACAUGUCAUUAAGCACGUUGCUUGUGGUUGGGAUUUUUCUCUGGCAGUGACAGCUACAGGAGAUGUUUAUUCUUGGGGCUCUAACAGCUAUGGCCAACUGGGUCAGCCCAUUCACUUCAAGUGUUCAACUAGACCUCAGCUCAUAAAGAGGCUUAGUACAGAAUGUGUACUGGCUGUAGCUGCUGGCCUCAGACAUGCUGGAGCAGUCACUGUUUCAGGAGAGGUGUGGUGUUGGGGAAAUGGUAAGAAGGGCCAGUUGGGGAUCUCACCUCAACAGCAUAUUGGAGAUGCACAAAUUGCAUGUGAUACACUUGAAAAAAUAGAUGUCCCACAGAAAGUGUCUUUAGAUGUGGAUGGAAAGAUAUGUAAACUGUUUUGUGGAUCUUUUUCUACUCUGGCUCUCUCAGAUAGAGGAAAGCUAUAUGGUUGGGGAAGCAAUACCAAAGGUCAGCUUGCUCUGGAUCCUUCUGUGGUAAAGGAGACUGUUAAACCACAGAAACUACCUUUAGAGAACAUAUCUGGUCUUCAUUCAGGUUGGACACAUGUGGUUGCUAGAACAUCAGGAGGAAAGUUAUUGAGUUGGGGUCGAGGCGACUACGGUCAACUAGGUAGAAGUUGUCCAGAGAAAGGUUUUUGUUGGGAACCUCAAGAGGUGGAAGAAUUACCUUCAGUUAUCCAGGUUUGUGGAGGCUCAGAACACAACAUGGCUCUUACUUCAGGUAACAUGCUGUGGUCUUGGGGUUGGAAUGAACAUAACAUGUGUGGCUUUGAAGAAGAAGUUAACAUUCACCGACCAACUCCAAUUUCUUCUUUGAAAAAUAAGGAAAUACUAUUGGCAGGAUGUGGCGCAGGUCAUAGUUUUGCCUUUGUAAAUAUGUUAAAGGAAGAUCCUUAAAAUGUGUAUUAUGUAUUUUGUAAGUAAAUAUUAGGUACAGAUUUUCUGUUAUUUAAACUAAUGGGAGUUUAGAAUAUUAAAAAGAAAAUGUUUGUAUUUCAUCCUUAUCAUAGAACCUGCAUUUUUUAAAUUUCAGUGUUAGUGCUUGAAAGUACAAUAGCAACAGAUUUGAAAAACUAUAUUGUGAAAAACAAAUGUGUGUAUAUAUAUAAAGAGGAGGACUUUCAUUACUACUAGAACCACAGCCAGUUUCAGUAUUACUAGUAUGUGCCAUUUGCCCUACAAGCUGAUUUUAACACAAGAAGUAACUAGAGAAUAACACAAUAUCAAGGAUUUUCAACAAGUUAUCACAUUAUCUCUGGGUGAUUAAUCAACAUAAUUGAAAUGAGUGUUUCUGAUUAUUACUAUAUAUUCAGCUAUUCCAAAUUUAAUGUGAGAACAAUUGAUUAAUGAGCCCAAUAAUUAAUCAAUUACAAAUUUUUCUAAUUGCCCAGCUCUGACAUCAACAUUAUCUAAGACUACAAUUACUCUAUUAUAUUUCAGAUAACAGAAUUAAGAGAAAGUGAGGUAAUCUUAAACAUUACUUAUGGUUAAGAUUUCUUUUCCAAGAACUCAUUGUAAGGAACCUCAAAGUGGCUAUUUGAAAGUUUUAUUAAAUGAUUCAGUGUGUGUGUGUGUGUAGG